UUACAUAAACUUGCAUUUUAAACGAAAUUUAAACUGAUCGACAGACUGCACAUAUUGUAUCAAAAUAUCAAAUACAAGACGCAUACACAAUAUCUUAAUUCAUGUACAUUUAAUGUAACCUGUAUAUCUGUGCUUAUAUCGAUAUAUCUAAAAUAAACUGGAUACUCAUUAAUUAUUUAAAGUCGGUUAAUCAAAAGAAUGUGCAAAAUUUGUUUGAUUAAACAUGCGAACAAGAUAUAGAUCACUGUUAGAAAUUAGAAAAAAAAAGAAAAAUGAAACGGUUGAUAUUUUGCCAUUUAUAUGUUGGACAUAUAGUUAUAAUUCUGUCUAAAAUAUUGGUCAUAGAGGCAGUUUAUAGCGCAGCAAAGGAAACAGAAAUCAGAGGUGAAGAAAUUAAAAUCGCUUCCUAUGAUAUGAUAUCACGACCGAGUGCUCAAACCACAGUCAGAGUAGGAAUCAGUGUGUUAGCCAUUGACGAACUGGACUUGAAGAAUCAAAAGUUUUCUGCUGCAGGAUGGCUUUCAUUUGAAUGGAACGAUUCGCGUAUAGAAUGGGACCCGUCCGCGAAGGACGAUAUUGAAGAAAUAUUUUCAAAGCCCGCAGACAUCUGGAAACCAGAACUUGUUAUAGAUAACUCAGUUGAAAAUGUUGGAGUGAUAUCUAACAGUGAUCUUUACCUGCGUGUGAAAUCUACAGGCGUAGUGGAAUGGGAGCCACCAAUGUUGUUUGUGACCCACUGUGAGGUAGACAUAACGUAUUACCCAUAUGAUAAGCAAUCUUGUAGUAUUAACAUUGUAAGCUGGGGAUAUACGAAGGACGAAAUUACUCUAGACACCCUUAGCACUCCAGUGAAUUUGGUGGACUUUGAGAAGCAUGGCCAAUGGGAAAUCCUAUCGUCACGAGCAGAAAAAUCUGAACUUACAGAAAUACUUGAAGACGGAAGUACGAGGAAAUUUCCACAGAUCGCCUUCUGGCUCAAUUUAAGGCGACGGUCCAAUUUCUACAACUUAAAUGUCGUCAUGCCAGUAUUUCUGACGUCACUUCUGGUGGCACUGACGUUUAUAGUUCCGUUAGAUUCCGGAGAGAAGCUGUCAUACAUACUGACCGUUUUCCUGGCUAUUACCGUCCUCCUGACGCUUGUGGCUGAUUCGAUGCCACCUACAUCAAUAUCAACUUCAGUUUUAGGGCUAUAUCUUGCUAUAGUCACCGUUCUAGCUGCAUUCGGAAUACUUCUAACGGUUAUCGUUCUCAUCUUGUUUCACAAAGACGGAAGUCCGGAAUCGCAAUCUCUGGCCAUGCGUAUCAUUUGGUUUGCGGCAAAAACCACGUGUGCAUCUAGCGUUCUGCGCAAGCGCAAUAUCAACAGAGUAAAACCAAUGGAAGAUGAGGAUGGCAAAAGUGAGGAAGCUGUUGAUACAGUUUACGAAGCCGAUUGGAAGGAAGUCGCCGCCAUAUUGGACAGAUUUUGUUUUAUGAUAUUUUCUAUAGUGACAGUCGUUAUGAACGUAUCUUUCGUUGUAGCACUUACAGCAGGAGGGAAAACUUCGGACCCUUAGUAUUGAAAAACUGACAAUUUACAUAUUUUGAUGGUGUACAUGUAUAUGAAAUAGGCCAUUAUUAACUGCUUUAUUCAUUUUGAGUUUCACUUACCACAAAUUAGAAAGUUAGAAAGCA